CGUGUAAUUGUUUUCCCUCGCAUUUCGGAUUUUGUUCGUCGGCGCUUAGCGACUCCGUAGAAAUUGUUUGUACAACAUUAAAUUUAACUUAUUUAGAAAAUAUCUAAUAAUACAAGCUUAUAAUCCACACAAACUGCAACCAUGGUGGAGAGAAUUGAAGAUCUGAAUCUACCGAACGCGGUCGUGACCCGUCUGAUGAAGGAAGCGCUACCGUCUGACAUAAAAAUAUCAAACGAAUGUCGAACGGCACUGGCUAGGGCAACUUCCGUGUUUGUGCUGUAUCUGACCGCGGCGGCAACCAGCGAGGCCGAGUCGAAGAAAAUGAAAACGCUUACAUCGGAACACGUAUUUGCCGGUCUGAAGGACAUCGAAUUUGACAGCUUUAUUAAACCUCUCAAGGAUGAUUUGGAAAAUUACCGGAAAGCCGUGAAAAGCAAAAAGGAAGGCAAAGACAAGAAAACUGAUAAAACAGAAACCGAAGAAGCUAUGGAAGAAGACCCUUUAGUUGAGAAAUGAAAUACCAGCUUAAUUUGCUAAUAAAAAUCAAUCACUUUUAAAA